AUGGCUCUAAGAGGUGUGUGCCGACUCCUGCUAAAUCCUCAGAGAUGUGCGAUUGUAUCUGCUUCCAGAGCGCAGGGAACCGCUGCACCUGCCAUAAAGGAGUAUGAGAAAACCAAAUCUAAAUCACCCAAGGUUCAGUUUAACUGGCACGAUCCUCUUUGCCUGGAUGGUCAGCUGACUGAGGAGGAGAUCAUGAUUCGCGACUCUUUUCGCACAUAUUGUGAAGACAAACUCAUGCCCCGCAUCUUAAUGGCAAAUCGAAAUGAAGUGUUUCAUAGAGAAAUUGUGUCAGAAAUGGGAGAGAUGGGUGUCCUCGGUCCCACUAUUAAAGGUUAUGGCUGCGCUGGCACCAGUUACGUGGCCUACGGUCUGAUAGCCAGAGAAGUGGAGAGAGUUGACAGCGGUUAUCGGUCGGUCAUGAGUGUCCAGUCCUCCCUCGUCAUGUACCCCAUUUAUGCUUACGGCACAGAGGAGCAGAAGCAGAAAUACUUGCCCAAACUGGCUGCUGGAGAGAUCCUGGGCUGCUUUGGUCUGACGGAGCCCAACCAUGGCAGUGAUCCAAGCAGCAUGGAAACCAGAGCUAAAUACAACCCAUCCAGCCGAACAUACUCUCUGACUGGCUCUAAGACCUGGAUCACAAACUCCCCUGUGGCCGACAUCGCGGUGGUCUGGGCCAAGUGUGACGACGGAAAAAUCCGAGGGUUCAUUCUGGAGAGAGGGAUGAAGGGUCUGUCCACUCCGAAGAUCGAAGGGAAGUUCUCCCUGAGGGCUUCAGCCACAGGAAUGAUCCUCAUGGACGAGGUGGAGGUGCCCGAGGAAAACUUGCUUCCAAAUGUCUCUGGUCUGGGGGGUCCAUUUGGAUGUCUGAACAAUGCUCGGUAUGGGAUCGCAUGGGGAGCCCUUGGUGCAGCCGAGUUUUGCUUCCACGCCGCCCGGCAGUACACGCUGGACAGAAUCCAGUUCGGUGUUCCGUUGGCAAGGAAUCAGUUAAUGCAGAAAAAGAUGGCGGACAUGCUGACGGAGAUCUCUAUUGGUCUACAGUCCUGUUUGCAGCUUGGACGGCUCAUCGAUGAUAAAAAGGCAGCCCCAGAAAUGAUCUCGAUGCUGAAGAGAAACAGCUGCGGUAAAGCACUGGACAUCGCCCGCCAGGCCCGAGACAUGCUGGGAGGAAACGGCAUAUCGGACGAGUACCACAUCAUCCGCCACGUGCUGAAUCUGGAGGCCGUCAACACUUAUGAAGGUACCCACGAUAUCCACGCCCUAAUCCUGGGAAGAGCCAUCACCGGUUUGCAGUCCUUCACUGUGCAGAAGUAG